AGCGCAUUGCGUUAGCGAUCUCCCAGUCAUAGUGUUAUUGUUGGAUUGGGUGGUCCCUGGUCGAGUGUCAAUGUGUGUGUGUGUGUGUCUAUCUAUGUGUGUGUGUGUAUUGUGGUUUUUAAAUGGGCUAUGUUUGGGUCGAGGUGCAUGAGAGGACAACAGAGACGACGACUGGAUUGAAUUGCAAUCUGUCCCUCCGUUUUUGUUUCUUCCUGGUGUCUUUGUAAGGCCUGAGAACGGGAACUGAGGUUGCACUUGGACAGGCAGGAGUAAUAGUAACACCUGGACAGUGGCUGUCGACUUGUGUCUGAUUCACGUAACACUUGUGUUGUAUCCGCCUGCUGUCUGGUAUUGCGGACUACUCUACUCUGGCCGUUCGUAAAAGUAGCUGAUGUUCGCGGCUCGUCGUAGUGGCAGUCGCAUUUAGUUAGGAGUCGGUCGGGUGCCUUCGAGUGUCGUCUCAGCCAGUCGUUGAGCUCGCUGGAAGCAACGGACCAGUCAACUGCUGUGCGGAACGACUGCAGAGACAGUGAGUGUGUGGGGGAAUCUGCAAAGGCUGGCAUGGCUGGUUGGUGUGAAUAGAGACGGUCAGCAUACUCUGCAGCAGCAUUUAACAGUUGAAGGGAAGAUCUUCGUGCGACUGCUCAUCGAGUAGCAGAGUGGUCAGAAUAGCAGAAGGAGCAAGCAGCAGGUGCCCAGGGUGAACGGUGCGCACGUUCACUCACCCGACAGCAACAAGAGUCUCUACCGCUACGGUCACCUAUCAUAAUACUGUACAGAGUGUAUACAUAGCAUGGAUAUUAUCUAUUUAUUAUCUGACUAUAUUCUGGCUCGCUGAAUACCGAACUGAUCAGCCGCGUAACCGGUCAACCAGCAGCUCGCUCACUGACUCACUAAACCGUGGCUUAUCAAAAAGUAUGUUCAUCCGUAUAGUGUAUACAUAGGCAGAACACAACAAAUCUACUGGACUGGCAAGGUUUUCAGUCUACUGAUGGUAAUCGGUCGGUCAGACGGACGAAGGGACGAACCGAAUUAGAGCGAGCGAACGAACGGUUGAUUCUAAUGGAUCGUGUAUGUUUACUGGUGCCCUUGUUUGGAGAAUAGUAUUGAUCGGUUAACUGCCGCUUUCUGCUACGAUUACUGCUGUUACAGUUGCAGCUGCUAGUCCUAAAAUCCGCGAAACAGCAACGACUGCGGCAGCAGUAUAAUCAGUGCUUCCUGUUGGAAACGCCACAGGAUUAGGCGAACCCACAAAUACUAUGCGCAUAGCUCAAGUCUGUUUCUAGAUGUUUGUUUCUUAUUAUUAUCGCUACUGCGACGAUCAUUACUGCAAUCAACAGCAGCUGUAGUUCGAUUAAAAAGAAACUUCUACGACAGAACAACAGGGGCAAAUCCGAAUAGCUGUUUUGCCGGUGUUGCUGACGGUGAUGCUGAUCACGCUGGCAGUGUCAAUGUGUUUACUGAUGAGUUGCGUGAGUGUGGCAGUCUGUUUCAAGUAGUUCCAGCUGGCAACGCGCAUCGUCCUAAUUCUCAUUAUAGUGCUGCUAAUAAUAAUAACAAUAGAUAGCAAUAGCGAAGGGCUCCAUACAGGUGUCAAGAGUGCGAAGUGGAAGGGCAAAAAAACUUAUUGCGACCUGAUAUUCGUCUGUGCAUGAGUGUCAGGGUGGUAAGGCUUUAAAGGCCAGAAAAGCUAGAUUACGAUUAAACAACAAUUACCAUCUAACAGCGGCAGCAGUAAAACAUCCGCCAGGAUGAGUUCAGUAGCGAAAAGCGCCAGUCGGCUGAAGAAGAAACACCUCAAGCCUAAGCAGCAGAAGGCCAAACUGUUCCGCGCCAACGAGCCCCUGCUUAGCGUGUUUAUGUGGGGAGUCAAUCACACGAUUAAUGGGCUUACUCACGUUAACAUUCCAGUAAUGUUAAUGCCUGAUGACUUCAAGGCCUUCACAAAGAUCAAGGUCGAUCACCAUUAUUUUAACAAGGAAAACAUGCCAUCGCACUUCAAAGUGAAGGAAUAUUGCCCUUUGGUAUUCAGGAACCUUCGUGAGAGAUUUGGCAUUCACGAUCGAGAAUAUCUGAACUCAUUAACGAAAGCGCAAGCGGUGGCAAUCGAUUCCCCAGGUAAAAGUGGGGCGAAGUUCUACCUAUCGUACGACCGGCGGUUCAUCAUAAAAACAUUACAAACUGAAGAAGUGGAACAGAUGCAUGUUCUACUCAAACACUACCAUCCGUACGUCGUGGAGCGACAUGGCAAAACUCUAUUGCCGCAAUAUAUCGGCAUGUAUCGGCUGACUGUCGAAGGCCAGGAAACGUAUCUGGUCGUCACAAGGAACAUCUUCUCCUCGUAUCUUCCGGUGCACGUCAAAUACGAUCUCAAGGGAUCAACGGUAGACCGCGAGGCAUCAGAAAAGGAAAAAGAGAAGGAACUACCUACUCUGAAGGACAACGACCUCAUUAAGGAUGGCACUAAAAUCCACAUUACUCCUGACGCGAAGGAGACAUUCACUGAUAUGCUAAAUGCCGAUGUCACCUUCCUGGCAAAAAUGAACGUAAUGGACUACUCGUUGUGUCUGGGCAUCCAUGACUGCGAGCGGGCCGAGAAAGAGGAACGCGAGAGGCUAGAGAACGGCGGUGGCGGCGGCACGGGCGAUUCGGAAGAUCGAGGUACUACGGAGGAUGAGAAUGAAGAUGAAUCUCCAGCCUCGCCUGGAAUAGGUGGACCCGAUGGAUUACAAAUGCCGACUCCUCCCGACUCCCCAGGCAGGAUUCGCGCGGGUGAGCCCGGUGAUGGAUUGGGCUACGGUGACGCGGAUUUUGACCCAGAGGAGGAAGGCGGAGCCCUAGAUCCCAAACGUGAUAUAUAUGCGAUCCCUUCGAGUGAAAGUGCCCCCAAGAAAGAAGUGUACUUCAUGGCACUUGUUGACGUUCUCACUAACUACGGCGUCAAGAAACGCACAGCCCAGGCCGCCAAAACGCUCAAACAUGGCGCUGGCGCCGAGAUCUCCACUAUUCACCCCGAACAAUACGCCAAGCGUUUCCUUGAAUUUAUAACCAAGGCACUGGAAUAAAAUGUCAACAAUACAUAAAAAGGACACCAGGGGCAUAAGUGCGGGCAGUUGAGGUAGCCGGCCAAAAGAUAAUAAUAGCUUAUCGUAAUUUAUAUACAUAUAAAUAAUAAAUAUUUAUGUACACGCCACGUCGGAUGGAUGAGUCACGUGGUCCGUUGAAGACCUUACAGCAAAUUGCUGUUCCAUUGCACGGAAAUUGGAUAUCCCUUGAACUAACUCAGACAUCCUGACAAAAAUGACGAAUUUCUUCGGAAUAUUCCAACUGAAAUACCGGCCUAUUCGGCAAUCUUCAACGGCCCGGUUAUUACCCAUUAGUUGGUAGCUAUGUGAAGCAAAGCGAUUCCACGUUUGCUAUUUAAACGUGUAUGGUUUACUUGGUCUGCUUGCAACCUCUCAGUGGAGUUUCAGGCAUAGGAAAGCGACAUACAAAAAUGAAAUAGCUAAAGCAGCUUAAAUGGGGUGCUUUGAAAGCCGCUGAAGUCUAUAAGCAGUCCAGUAUACAGCCUCAACGACCAGUGAGCCUACUAGAAUCGUUCGCUGGGACCGUGCGAUUUAGGCAAAGCGUAAGCAAAGGCUGCUGGAAUAAAUCACUUCUUCUCAGUUGCAAUGGAGGAUGACGACUACUAUUUCAAGGCGGCAUAGUUAAAUUAUCAUAGAAAGAGCAGUUGUAAGGAGAAACUAUGAUAUUUCUAGCAGAAUCGGCUACAGAGACGAUGUCGUCGAGCAACGUCGUUGAUAUUCGAGAAAAGACAAGGUAUAAAGACAAAGUAGGUCAAUUCAGCGAGCCAGACAGAAACAGGCAAAAACCGUUAUAAGGAAAAGUACCAUUAAGUACCGUUUACAGCAGUAGCCGCAGCGAUUAUAUACUUAAUGCUCUCGAUCUCCCCUUAGACGAUUACACAUAUUUGACACUCAUGAGCCAGUAAUAAUAAUAAUAAUAUAAAUAAUCAUAACACCAAUAACAAUAUAAAAACUAACGAUUAUUAUUAGCGUUGCUAUAGUGAGUGGCGACUGCUCGGAUAUCACCAGGUUGAAUGGUAGGUUAGGUAUAUAUAUAUAUAUAUAUAUAUAUAUAUCUAGAAAGAGCUGGGCGGAACUAGAACUGAUAGAUUCGUGAAUGAGACGAGACGAGAGUCUCGUGGCAAUAGAGUUAAUGUUAUUAUUAUCUUUCGCUGCGACCGACUCCGUGGCGGCCACCUUCCAGAGUUCUAGCUGCUGGCUAGUAAAGGAAAAAACCAUAAGCUAUCUGUCGAACCAAUAGGCUCCAACGAAGAAGUUCCCAAAGGACAGAAGCCUGCAUGGGGCACAAUUGCUAACCACUAUUUGCAGCAAACUUAGUAGUGCUGGCACAGGGGAAGCAACGGACGAAGCAGCUGACUAAUACAACUAUUAACUACACACAAUUUAUGAAGAUCAUCAUGAAGUGUAGCUAUUGCCAAGGAAGAGAACGCGCGUAAUGUCAAGGUUCUUCAGUUGACUCUGACCAUUGACGACACAAUAGAAAACGUAUGAUCAACGUUACUUACCACCACGACUACGCCAACUAUCGCCCCGCUGCUCGUACUGUUUUCUCAUUACUAAUAAAGACUGAGUAGGAAAUAGGAAGGGCGAAAGAGCGGUAGAGACACAAAGAUAUGAUUUACACGAAAAAAACAUGACAACAGGUGCAUGAAGGGAAUAGACGAAUGAAUAUGCUUGAUGGAUUCGGGUCAAAAAAUGACACAUGGACCAUUUGCCAUUUAGGAAAAGUCGGUAAAUUCACCAGCAUAGUCAGUAUUUCUUUUUUCAAUGGUAGAGCGAUAGCUAAGCAGGGGCACGAAUGAUAGCAGGGCAUAUGCAAAGGCCGGCUGAGAAAUAAAGAUAACAACGGAUUAGAACAACAACAACAUAUUGAAAACGUGUUAUUCUUCUGUCUGAUUGCCAGUUAGUAAAAGUAACAAAUAACGAUGAGGUCGUCUCUCUUGGAGAAACGGUUUGCAAGGUUUGUCAGUAAGGAAUCCGAUGUGUGGCGUGUAUCUAGCAUUGGUGCUCGAAGGUAAACACGCUUGACCAUAAUGAAUUGAUAACGAUGAAGAUCAAGGGGACGAAUCUGUGGGGUCAUGCGAACAACACUGUAUGUCACAGGGUAGUUUGGAGGGUAAAAGAUGAAGAUGUUCGAAAAAAAGUUAAAUAAAAAAAAUGGAAAUUAUCGAACAUGGUUGUCGCUUGGUGUCGCAUAAUAAUAGCUGGUACAGUUAUGGCCUGCCCGAUGCAGGAAACCAUCAGGGAAGGCUCUAGAUUAAUCUUAUGUUGCCUGUAUAUAGAUGAGCUAAUGCAG